UUGGUUAAAAUAUUCAAAAUGGCGGACGGAGGAGCAGCGAGUCAAGAUGAGAGUUCGGCGGCGGCGGUGGCGGCGGCGGCAGACUCAAGAAUGAACAAUCCGUCAGAAACCAGUAAACCAUCGAUGGAGAGUGGGGACGGGAACACAGGCACGCAAACGAACGGCCUGGACUUUCAAAAGCAGCCUGUGCCUGUCGGAGGAGCAAUCUCUACAGCCCAGGCCCAGGCCUUCCUUGGGCACCUUCAUCAGGUCCAGCUCGCUGGAACAAGUUUACAGGCUGCUGCUCAGUCCUUAAAUGUACAGUCUAAAUCUAAUGAAGAAUCUGGGGACUCUCAGCAGCCAAGCCAGCCUUCCCAGCAGCCUUCAGUGCAGGCGGCCAUACCCCAGACCCAGCUCAUGCUGGCCGGAGGACAGAUCACCGGGGUAAGAGUUACCCAGGGAUGCUGCAGUCCCACACAGCUCACGUUGACGCCAGCCCAGCAACAGUUAUUGCUCCAACAGGCGCAGGCCCAGUUGCUGGCGGCUGCAGUGCAGCACUCAGCCAGCCAGCAGCACAGCGCUGCUGGUGCCACCAUCUCGGCCUCUGCUGCGACGCCGAUGACGCAGAUCCCUCUAUCUCAGCCAAUACAGAUUGCACAGGAUUUGCAGCACUUGCAGCAGCUUCAGCAGCAGAAUCUCAACCUGCAACAAUUUGUGUUGGUGCAUCCAACAACCAACUUGCAGCCAGCACAGUUCAUCAUCUCACAAACGCCGCAGGGGCAGCAGGGUCUCCUGCAAGCGCAGAAUCUCUUAACGCAACUACCUCAGCAAAGCCAAGCCAACCUCCUGCAGUCUCAGCCAAGCAUCACCCUUGCCUCGCAGCCAGCAACCCCAACACGCACAAUAGCAGCGACCCCCAUUCAGCCACUUCCACAGAGCCAGUCAACACCAAAGCGAAUCGACACUCCCAGCUUGGAGGAGCCCAGUGACCUUGAGGAGCUUGAGCAGUUUGCCAAGACUUUCAAACAAAGACGGAUCAAACUUGGAUUCACUCAGGGUGAUGUUGGGCUCGCUAUGGGCAAACUCUAUGGAAAUGACUUCAGCCAAACUACCAUCUCUCGCUUUGAAGCCUUGAACCUCAGCUUUAAGAACAUGUGCAAGUUAAAGCCACUUCUGGAAAAGUGGCUCAAUGAUGCAGAAAACCUCUCAUCUGAUUCAACUCUCUCCAGCCCAAGUGCCCUGAAUUCUCCAGGGCAAGGGAUCGAAGGCUUGAACCGUAGGAGGAAGAAACGCACCAGCAUAGAGACCAACAUACGUGUGGCCUUAGAGAAGAGUUUCCUGGAGAACCAAAAGCCUACCUCGGAUGAGAUCGCCAUGAUAGCUGACCAGCUAAACAUGGAGAAGGAGGUGAUCCGCGUUUGGUUCUGUAACCGGCGCCAGAAGGAGAAAAGGAUCAACCCACCCAGCAGUGGUGGAACCAGCAGCUCGCCCAUCAAAGCAAUUUUCCCUUGUCCAACCUCACUGGUGGCAACCACGCCAAGCCUUGUGACUAGCAGUGCAGCUACAACCCUGACUGUCAACCCCGUGCUCCCUCUGGCCAGUCCUGCUGUCACCAGUCUGUCAGUCACAGGCACAACAGAAACCACCUCCAACAACACGGCAACAGUGAUUUCAACAGCACCUCCGGCUUCUUCAGCAGUGACAUCACCCGCCCCGAGCCCUUCCCCUUCUGCCUCAGCCUCCACUUCCGAGGCCUCCAGUGCCAGUGAGACCAGCACAACACAGACAACCUCCACCCCCUUGUCCUCCCCUCUCGGGACCAGCCAGGUGAUGGUAACGGCAUCAGGGUUGCAAACGGCGGCAGCGGCCGCCUUACAAGGAGCUGCACAGUUGCCUGCAAAUGCAAGUCUUGCUGCCAUGGCUGCUGCAGCAGGGCUAAACCCAGGCUUGAUGGCAUCCUCGCAGUUUGCAGCUGGAGGUGCCUUACUCAGUCUCAAUCCAGGGACAUUAGGUGGUGCUCUCAGCCCGGCCCUGAUGAGCAACAGUACACUGGCAACUAUUCAAGCUCUUGCAUCCGGUGGCUCUCUUCCAAUAACAUCACUGGAUGCAACUGGAAACUUGGUGUUUGCCAAUGCUGGAGGUACCCCUAACAUCGUCACUGCCCCUCUGUUCCUGAACCCUCAGAACCUUUCUCUGCUCACCAGCAACCCAGUUAGCUUGGUCUCUGCAGCUGCAGCCUCCGCAGGGGCCUCUGGACCAGUCGCCAGCCUUCACGCCACCUCCACCUCAGCCGAGUCCAUCCAGAACUCUCUCCUCACAGUGGCCUCUGCCAGCGGGGCCACGUCCACCACCACUACUGCCUCCAAGGCACAGUGAGCCGGGCUGGGCUCUGCUCCAGCAGCCUGGGUCACUGUGCGCUGGGAUCGGCUGCCAGCCCGGUCGAUGGACUGAAAAUGCCGUGGGCAUCCUCUCACCGUGUUGCUGGGGACAAGAGAGAGAGAGAGAAAGAGAGAGAGAGAGAGAAGGAAAAAUAUUUAAAAAAAACAAAACAAAACAAAAAAAAAAAACCAAAAAAAAAGGAGAAAAAAAAAAAACAAAAGCAAAACAGGAAGGAUUUAAAGCUGGGACAGACAUUUGCCUAAUUUUAUAAUAAACACUGUCUUUUCAGGAUCGCUUCAUGGAUCGGAGAACUUUCUAACCAAAAAUGU